UGCCUGUAGAAUUCGGUGUGGAUUGAGAUGUCGGAUAUCGGCAGCGGUGACGAGGGAAUUUCUAGUCAGAAAUAUCAUGGUCAAGGAAUGGAUGCGGGAGGGAACAAUUUUGACUCCGGUCAGCAGCCACAGGAGCAGGAGCUGGCAACGAAGAUGCUGCAGAUCCAGUCGAAGCGAUUCUACCUCGACGUGAAGCAAAAUCGCCGCGGCAGGUUCAUCAAGGUCGCGGAGAUCGGUGCGGACGGACGGCGCAGCCAGAUCUUCCUGGCGAUGUCGACGGCGGCGGAGUUUCGCGACCACCUGUCUGCUUUUAGCGACUUCUAUUCGUCGCUGGGCCCGCCCAACCCCGACAACGUGCCCGAUGACGGGAAGCUCAAAUCCGAGAUGAUGCUCAAGGACAACCGGCGGUACUACCUGGACCUGAAGGAGAACUCGCGCGGGCGCUUCCUGCGCGUGUCGCAGACGGUGACGCGCGGCGGGCCGCGCAGCCAGGUGGCGCUGCCGGCGCAGGGCAUGAUCGAGUUCCGCGACGCGCUCACCGACCUGCUCGACGACUUCGGCACCGACGACGGCGGGUUCAAGGGCGAGCUGCCGGAGGGGCGGCACCUGCGCGUCGACAACAAGAACUUCUACUUCGACAUCGGCCAGAACAACCGGGGCGUCUACAUGAAAGUGAGCGAGGUGAAGAGCAACUUCCGCACGGCCAUCACGGUGCCCGAGAAGUGCUGGGCGCGCUUCCGCGACAUCCUGGCCGACUACUGCGACAAGAUGUGCGCGCCGCCGCACGCGCACCGCGCGCUGGACUCGCACCAGGACGCCUUCGCCAGCAGCGCGCCGGACCGGAUUUGAUGCGAGGGCGCCGCCGCCUUCUACUGAGCUGCCCGCCGCGAAGCGCCGCCCGCCCCCGCCGCCCCGCCGCCCCGCCGCCCGCCGAGACCCGCGGCCUCCGGGCGGGCGCGGGCGGCGCCGCCGACUUGAGUUUCCCCGCUGUCUUAUGUGUAUAUAGUAUUUUAUAUACGUGUAGUAUAUAUCAGUGCGGAGCGCGCCGCCGCAUCUCGACGCGUAGUUGUAAGACGAUGUGAUAUGAAACGUCCGAGCUUUACCGUUCGGUCGAGACCGCUGUCGGCGCGGCGGGAACACCUUCGUCGACACGUUCGUGGCCUUUUAAUCUAAAUUUACGCACCCUCCCGGCGAGGUGGAUUUUUUUAUCGAGGAACUCUCAACGGCUCCGAGCUUUGUUGUCUAAAUUACGUUUCUUUGUCGAGAGAUGUUCUUUUUCUAAUUUUUGUAAAUAGUUUGGCGGCGACGAAAUGAACUAUAUCGAGUGUUGAAACUUUCCGCGCCGGACUCGCUCCGGCCGCGAGUCGCGCGACUCGCCGUCGCCGGCGCCCGGGCCGUCGGCGACGCGCGGCCGCAACAUAAUAAAUUAAUUGAGAAAAAUGUUAAUGUAAAAUGCCACUUAUCUAGUUAGUAGGUGUAUGUGUUUUUUUUAAAUAUGAAUUAUUUAAAUGUAGUGUUUUUGUCUGUUCACGUCAAAACGCACUCGGCCGGCGCGACCGCGCGAAGACACCGGGUGUUUACAGCGCGACCUCGCGCGAGAUUCGCGGACGAGUCCCGCGCUGCUGUGAUAUUCUCGUAGGCGACC